AUGAGCACCGAGAGGCGCAACGGGGUUAACGUCGACGCUUCCUUCGCCGCCGUUCACAUCGGGGACCGGCGGCUUCGCUUCAUGCAAAAGGACGGCAGUUUCCCCGUGGCGUUCCACAAGGUCCCCAGGGAGUGGAGUCUGUACCUGCUGGACAUCUUCACCACUCUGGUGGAGAUCCGCUGGCGGGUCAUGCUCCUGGUCUUCUCGCUGGCCUACGUGCUCUCCUGGCUUUUUUUCGGGCUUUGUUACUGGCUCAUCGCCUACGUGCACGGAGAUGGAGACGGAGAUGUCGACGGUCCCUGCGUGCUGAACGUUCACGACUUCACCUCGGCGUUUCUCUUCUCCACGGAGACUCAGGCGACCAUCGGUUACGGCUUCAGGGGCAUGACGGAGAACUGCGGGGCGGCCGUGGCGACCGUGACCGCACAGGACGUCUUCAGCUGCCUCCUGGACACCGUCGUCGUCGGCAUCGUCGUCGCUAAAAUGGCGUCGGCGCGAAAGAGGGCUCAGACGGUGGGCUUCAGCCGAUUCGCCGUGGUCAACCGGCGGGACGGCGUCCUGUGUCUGUCCUGGCGGCUCGGAGAUUUCAGAGGGAAUCACAUCUUGGAGGGCGUCGCCCGGGCGCAGCUCGUACGCUACUCCAAACAAUCCCAAGGACCCGUGGUGAUAUCGUACCAGGAUGUGGACAUCCAGAACCGGGAUCUGGUCCUCGCCACGCCGGCCUUAGUCGUACACAAGCUGGAACCGGGCAGCCCGCUCUACCGUAUAAGCCCUGAGCAGCUUGUGGAGGAGGACUUUGAGCUUGUGGUGUCCUUCACCUACACGGGCGACUCCACCGGGAUGCUCCACCAGACGCGCACCUCCUACACCCCUGCGGAUAUCCGCUGGGCGCAACGGUUUCAGGAAGUGCUCCGAGUGACCAAGAAGCACUACAAGGCGGACUACGCUCUGUUUAACGAGACCACGUGGGUGGCGACGCCCGUGUUGAGCGCGGAACAGUGUGACAGGGGGACGACUCGCCCUGGCCUGUCGCGCUCGGUCUCGGCGAAGCGAGCCCGCCGCCGUACGGAGGAGGUCGUGCAGCAGACCCAUUUGUAG